AUGAAGGCAAUGGGAAGCUUCGUGCAAGAGGAAGGGUCGGUUUCCUGCCAAGCCUGCAAUAGUCGACGUGGAGGUUGUAUGCACGUUGUCGACAAGUUCGUCCAGUCCAAGCGCGGCUCCGCCAACUUCACAGCUUGCAAUACAUCCGGUAAUGGAGGCGCUUUGAGCGCCUGGAAGGGUGUCUACUUGGGUGGCAACAGCAGCUUUCAGGACUGCAGCUCUACAGGUUAUGACGGUGGCUGCCUUCACACCGAGGGUCACGCAAACUUUCAGGGCUUUGCUAGGUUUACCGACUGCGAAGCUGCUCGCCAUGGUGGGGCCGUGUCAGCCCGAAGUGUGGAGAGCGGCGCACGUGUCGCUUUCGACUUCUGCAAAGCUGGAUGGAGCGGCGGUGGCCUCUACCUCGAAGCGUUCCACCAGACGGGCGGCUCGGUGACGUUUGCAUACUGUGCGGCAGAUCUCGGGAAUGGAGGAGGUCUGUACCUGAGGGGGGACUUCCGGCAAGAUGGUGGGGAUACCGGCUUUGACCUUUGUGAGGCAAAGAAUGGCAAGGGCGGCGGCCUGUGUGUCGAAAGGGGCUCAUUGAUACAAAGUGCUGGGAACCUGGACAUCAAAACGUGCAAAGCAGGCAGCACAGGUGGAGGAGGAGACGUGGAGCUUGACGUUGUUCAGCAAGGGAGCAAGCUUUCGGUUGCAGACUGUCGCAGCGAGAGAGAUGGAGGUGGCAUGCGUAUCGGUGGCAACUUUACGCAGGAGUCCGGCGGCGUGGCGGCUUUCUCGAGUUGCUUCACGAAGCACGGGGGUGGUUGCCUUGCCGUAGAGCAGUCCGUCUACCUUGCGGGCGUGCUAAAGUAUUUUAGGGACCACGAGCGUCGAAGCGUAGAGAAAGCGCUCAAUUCGUUGGCAAUGCGCGCAGUAGGAGCUAUCAGCUUCGAGAAUUGCAGGGCUGCCAAGGGCUUUGGCGGCGGAGUGCAAGUCCGUCAUGGCAACUUCACCUCUGCCUCCGGCGUCCUGAAUUUCACGCGAUGCUUUGCGCAGCUAGGUAUGAGCCUUCAGCUUGGAAGUCUCUUCCAGCACGGUGGUGACAUCAGGUUCUCUCACUGCAAAGCCGGCAUGGGAGGGGGUCUGGCGCUGCCCCAGGGCUCCCUGCACCAGUUCACGGGUAGUUUGGGCUUCGAGGAUCUAUUUCCCGUCCCGACUCAAAACCAGAAAGGCAAGGAUGUGCUGCUGAUCGCCGGUGCCAUGAACUUCAGCAACUGCCAAGCAUUUGGACAAGGCGGCGGAGCGGUGGUGAAGCAAGAUUUUCUUCAACAUGGCGGAGCACUCCUCGUCGAUUCUUGUAACAGCCACGACGUUGGCGGCGGUCUCCACAUCGGUGGCAUAUUCAAUCAGACGUCAGACUCUGCGGCCCGAUUCACAGCUUGUCGAGCACGAGUUGGAGGUUGCCUGGGUGUCGACGGCCCGGUCUUUGUCAGUGGCUCCAACACCUUCAAACGGUGUGUCGCUUUCGGAGAUCGUGAAGGUACGGGUGGGGGCGGACUCUUCACUCAGCAGACCUUCGCCCAGCUUGGCGGCAUCAUCAACUUCACUAAGUGUCGGGCCCUGAGGUCCGGUGGGGCACUGCGAAUCAACAACGGCAGCCUACUCGCGAAGUCGGGCACGAUGAUUUUCAAGAAAUGCAGGGCUGGGAACAGCGGUGGAGGAGCAGAGGUGGGUCUUCAUGUCUACAUUGGACCGGAAGCAAAGAUGUUCCUUCGUGAAUGCAGUUCUCAUUAUUUUGGCGGAGGUAUGUACCUCGGCGGCCACUUCUUCCAAGACGGGGGAAGCAUGAAUUUCAGCAGCUGCCAAGCAGACCGUGGAGGAGGUCUGGCCGUGUUCCGUUAUUUCCAUCAGCAAGCGGGCAGAAUGCACUUCCUUGACUGCCACGCCGCUGUCGGUGGCGGCAUAUGGAUGCAGAAGAACAUGACCGUGGGCAGCAGCGUGGUUCUCUCCAAAUGCAAUGCCCACAGUUCAGAUGUGGGAGGUGGCUGUGUUUACAUCGACCAGGGCGAGCUGACCGUGAAAGGAAACGCAUCCAUGGAGAACUGCAGCUCGCUUGGGUCGGGCGGUGGCCUCCUGAUGGGUAGCGGAGGUGUUCGUCAGCAAGCUGGCAGCAGCUUGAGCUUCCGCCACUGUUCGGCUCGCGGUGGAAACGGCGGUGGAAUGUCGGCUUACAGCUUUGCCUCAGAGGGCUUCACAGAGUUUGCAAGCUGCGCGGCAUCCUCUGGCGGCAGCGGUGGGGGUUUCUACAUCAGCAGCGGGCAUGGCACCAUUCAGCAAAGCGGUGGCCGCAUGAGCCUCAUCAAUUGCACCGCUGGGCAGCGUGGUGGUGGGUUCUACCUUGGAUCCACAGUGCCCGGAUGCCUCAGGGACAUUUCCUUCGACCGCUGUGGCACGGAUGGCGACGCAGGCACCUUCUACACGAAAUCGCCUGUUCUGAAUGUCUCUAACCUGACUGUCCUCGAGCCUCGCAGCGUGGACUUCGACAUUAUUUCAGAGGGCAAGCUUGCGCUCCAAGAUCUUCAUCUGCGGAGCAGGAACCGGAAGUUCGGCAUGGGCAUAAUGGCCGGGAGCCUCCACGCAGGGACUGUGAACUGCACUCUUUUGAGGUGGUGCAGUUUGGUGGCGCCCGAGCCGCAUGUUGAUCACUUGCACUGCCCACCGGGCACCGGAAUUCAGGGGGGAGAUGAUUCCAGCAACUGCUUGGUUUGCAAAGACAACUUUACAAUGCUCCCUGGUGACACACAAUCCAAGUGUGUGCCAUGCCCGACGCACAGUGACUUCUGCUACGCGGAUAAGUUCAAGAUGACGCCAGGGCACAUGGUUCAGAAGGCAGACAUCAGCUUGACGAUCUUCUGCCCGAACCCAGCAGCAUGUCCUGGUGGAAAUUCCACGAACUUGUCGACCAUGUGCGCGCCAGGCUAUCAAGGUCGCGCUUGUGCAAACUGCACGCAGGGCUACUCCAUCUCAGACAGCAGCGUGCUCAUCUGCACCCGCUGUGCGACGGAUUUCUGGCGGAAGCUCUUGCAAUGGGCCUAUAUGCUUGCGAAGCACAUCUUGCCCUUUGCGGUGGCUGCUUACAGUGCACUACAAGUCGAAGAAGCCGAGGAGGCCAAGCGCAGCGGUGUACUAAUCAACCAGCUGCUUUCCUUCGCCACGGUUGCCGGCACCCUCUUGAUCCUGGGUCCUUGUUAUAGAGUUACCCUCACCAUCAUUUUCAAAAAGCAAAACAAAGUAGUUUUCUUUUCGGAAGCACUUGUAAACAUCUUGCAAGACUACAAAGUCACCACAAUCCCAACAAAUACCUUCAGAAGAUUUAAGCAGCUUUCCGUCUUUUCUUGUUCUGGCAUCUUGGGUAUUUUUUUGGACCAGAAUCCAGGAUCAUGGUUGCCCAGACCAAUGCAAUGCGAGAAGUCAAGCUGA